ACGACCCACAAACACUAUCAUCAACUACCACAAUAUUCCUAUAGCUUUAUUAGUUCUAUGGCUUCUACCAUGUCCUUCUUGGUCUUCGCCUUUGGAAUUUUAGCCUCUCAAUUAGUAGUAGCUUCCUCUCGCCUUAUCAAUGAGGAAAAUUCCAUGCUAGAAAUGCACCAGCAAUGGAUGUCUCGCCACGGACGGGUUUACAAGGAUGAACAAGAGGAGGGCGCCCGGUUCAAGAUAUUCAAGGACAACGUGGACCGUAUCAACGCGUUCAAUUCCGGUGCGGACAAAGGAUACAAGCUGAGUGUGAACCAAUUUGCUGACCUGACCAACGAGGAGUUCCGGGCUUCUCGUCGUAAUGGUUACAAGAGGCAAUCACCUAGUCAAGUGAUUUCUGGCUCAGAACCUUUUCGGUACACAAAUGUAACCGUUGCAUUGUCUGCUAUUGAUUGGUGGAAGAAAGGCGCGGUUACUCCCGUCCAAGACCAAGGCGCAUGUGGAAGUUGUUGGGCGUUUUCGGCAGUGGCAGCCAUGGAAGGUAUUUACAAAAUCAAAACCGGUAAUCUAUUAUCCCUAUCCAAGCAAGAGUUGGUUGACUGUGACGUUAAAGGAGAAGACGAGGGUUGCAGCGGCGGGUAUAUGAAUAAUGCCUUUGAAUUCAUCAAGCAGAACAAAGGCCUCACGACAGAAGCCAAAUACCCUUACGUGGGACAAGACGGAACCUGCAAAAGCAAGAAACUACGCACGCCUGCUACCAAGAUAACCGGAUACGAAGACGUGCCAAGGAACAGCGAGAAGGCCUUGCUCCAAGCCGUGGCUAACCAACCGGUGUCGGUUGCCAUUGAAGCCGGUGGAGACGACUUCCAAUUCUACUCGAGCGGUGUCUACAACGGAACGUGCGGCACGAUGCUUGACCAUGGUGUGACCGCGGUUGGAUACGGGACUACUAGUGAUGGGACUAAGUACUGGUUGGUUAAGAAUUCGUGGGGGACUGGAUGGGGUGACAAUGGGUAUAUAAAGAUGAAGAGAGAUGUGGCUGCCAAGGAAGGCCUGUGUGGGAUUGCUAUGUAUGCUUCUUACCCAGUAAUGGAUUAGGACUGAUUAGUGGAAGUGUGAUAAUGAUAUGUGUUCUUACAAUUAUAGCCAUGAUAUAUAUAUAUAUAUAUAUAUAUAUAUAUAUAUAUAUAUAUAUAUAUAUAUAUAUAUAUAUAUAUAUAUAUUGUGGAAUAUUUUGCUUUCAAAGCUUUUGGCCAUUAUAUUUUAAAUAAGAUUAGUUUCUAUA